AUGAGUAGUUUUUGCAACAGGAAUCGGAAAAUCGAGGAAGCGGAGCUGGAAAAGCGAUUGCUCGAAGAAUAUCGGAAAGAGGUGGCGAAUUGUGAUGAGCACGGUUUGAGCACACAACAUAUUGGUGAGCAAUUAGGGGGUUAUUUAUUAUAGGGUAAUAAAAACCACAUGUGGGGAUUUAGCCUAAGUACUUGGAGGUAAUUGGGCUUCGAAAAUUGCAGGAGACGAAUGGAUGCGACGGAAGAUUCGCGAAAUAUGCGGAUACCACGUUUCGGAUCGAUGGAUCAAACAAUUCCGCAAGCGGAAUCACAUCCGCUAUUUCAGCGGACGCCGGCAUUUUGUCGCGGAGCCCCCGCGGCCCCGCGAGCAGCCAGUGGCGAUUCGCGAACGUCGCGCCGCCCCAACACAGCCGCGACGCGGCGAAUACAGCGAGAUAGAUUCGCGGGUCGCGGAAGAGAUCCGGCGACGCCACGUGGCUGGCGAAAGGUUGACGAAUCCCUGGAUUCUGGACUUCGCGCGGAAAUUAGCUGGGGAAAUUUAUCCGGAAGAUGUGGGUGUUGCCGAAUUUUUCGAUAUGAAUUGGUUGUAUCGAUUCAAGCGCAGAUAUUGUGUGGAUUUAAAGGUACAUGGGUUGGGGGUCAUGACGUGGCAAAAAGAGCUAUUAGACAAAAGGUCACAAAACGGUCAUUUUUAAGCCCUGGGCUUAAAUUUACAUUAGUGAUAAACGAUAGAAAAUGAUGAAUUACGUCGUUUAGAACCAAAAAUUUACAAAUUUUGUCACAUAACAAUGAAAAUUUCGAAAAACCCCUAACCUAACCAAUCCUAAAUCCAUUAAUUAAUAUUUAUCCUAAACCCAACCCAAAAAUAAAAAUAAAUCUAAUAUUAAUGGGUCAACUGAGCAGAUGUUUUAGAUAAAAAGGAGAACAAAAGAAACAAAUGUUGCGUAACUAGAAAAAAGAAAGAAAAAAUAUAUAUCUUUCAAUACAUAUUAAAUUCGAUCGAUUGAGAUGCGAAGGAUUUUAGGACUCAAACGUCUUUUUUGAGGAAAAAUUAGACUUUUUGGUACAAAUGGGUUUUUGGUGACAAAAAUUGGCUUAACAUGAGCAUUUACAGUUAAAAACUAGGCAUUUCAGCCUGAAAACAGGCUUUUUGGGAUGAAGAUAGGCUUUUCAGUAUUAAAACCGGGUUUUCAGCUUACAAGUAGCUUCUCUAGCCAAAAAACAGUCUUUUCAGCCAAAAAACUAAGGCAUUUCAGCAUAUAACUCAGUUUUCAGCGUGAAAAUGAUAUUUUCAGUCUGCAGAUAGGGGUUUAGGCCUAAAAACAGCGCUAGAAAAGCAUUUUCAGUCUAAAAACCAGGGUUUUCAGUAUUAUUUUCGGCGUUUAAGCCUAAAAUGUGAAUUUUCAGUCAAAAACUAGGCUUUUGAGCAUAAAGAUAGCCCAGGAAGCUUGAAAAUAGCAUUUUAAAAGGUUGGUGCUUUCCUGGUGAAAAAAUCGUCUGCAAAAAGGCGUCACCGUGUUAUUUUCAAAGUUGUGUGCAAACACACACACAAAAAUUCAAAAACAAGUUGUGCGCUAGAGCGCAUUUACAUGCUUUAUUUCGUAGGUUUUAAUUCGCUUGUGUUUUUGAGGAAAAACAUGGGCUGAAUUGAUACUAGAAUUUUUUCUAAAACUGGAACCUUCCAGGAGCACCUUAUUCUUAUCUAAACCAAGCAAGAUUCCUUGGCGGAGGACCAACCCUUUAAGCACAUUUUCAGCAUAAAAAUACUCUUUCUAGUCUAAUAAUAUCAUUUUCAGCUUCCAAUUAGCUUUUCUAGCCCAAAAAUACCAUUUCCAGCCUCAAAACCCUCUUUCUAGUCUAAAAUGAGCAUUUUCAGCCUCAAAACACCAUUUCUAGUGUGAAAAUAGCAUUUUCAGUCCAAAAAUACCAUUUUCAGCCUAAAAAUGAGCAUUUUCAGCCUAAAAAUGAGCAUUUUCAGCCUCAAAACACCGUGCUGCCUCCUCCUCCAGCACCGCCAUCAAAUCUACCAAAACCCAUUCCUCUCUACUUCGACUACUACCUCUACACCCAAAUGAUGCUCAACAAUAUUCUCCAAACACCGUGUCAAAAUAGUACCUAA